UCUGUAGUGAUACUCUGGUAAAACUGUUUGGUUGUUUCAAUGCCUUUGUAGUCAUUAACAAGUGUGUGAAGCGACCCAAAGUGCAAUCUUAAAAGUUUUAACUAUGAUCGAAGCUUUUUGGGACGUUUACGAAUAUGACGACUUUGAUGAAUGUCGAAGGAUGUACCGCGAAGAUUUUAUGUUUUGCACUGCAAGCUUGUAUCUACAUCCGAACCCUAGCUCUAUUAUCUGGAAUAAAAUACAGGAAUACUCGCAGCAUCCUCGUCAUUUUGAUCGCAGAACAAAAGAAGUAGGGAAAUGCUUCCCUUUGAGCUUCAUGCAAUCUAAGAAUAUAUCAAACAUAAUGGAGGCUCGACUAAAGACAGAAGCAUGGGAGAAAUAUAAACUCAACAGUAGCGUCGAAGUCAUGGAAUGUUUAAGUACGAUUCGGUCUAACAUGGAUGUUUGCAGAAUGAAUGGUAUAGCUGAUGUUUUGUUUAUUUGCUGCAUGGUUGCUAUAAUACUGAUGGUAAUAUUAGCUACUGCACAGGAUAAAAUCAAAUCUUUCUUUAUGUGAGUCCUUUUUAAAACGUUUUGCAAUGAGAACAAUUUGUCCAAUUAUCGAGUUCAGUUUGGUUCCAGCAGCACCCAAAGCAUUUUCAUUAGCCCAGAAUAUGCCGAAGCUUAUGAAAAGGAACAGAACAUCCAUCCCGAAGCUCGACCAUUUGGAUGGCAUAAGAUCGAUUGUGACAAUUAUUAUUUUGCUGU